AAUAGCGUCAGACUUCCCAGUGACUCACUGACUUGCGCUCGCAUUACAAGUCGAAGUUUUGAGUGCAAACGACAGUGGGUCCGAAGUGACGCAAACCGAUCUAUCUAUUUCACGGCACUUUUGAUAAAUAUUUUUGUUCUGUUUACAUAACAAAACGCACAAAGGGAUCAUUUUCUGUUGAUGAAGUCCCGCCGCGUGUGGGACGUAGAAAGUGUAGAGGUGCACCUUUAUAUUACUUCAGUGGCCAGAAGACCUUGAUUUUCCUUUCCCCAGCAUUUGCAGCCUGUGCUGGGUUGGUGGAACAUGGGCACGCGGAUCCACAAGGUCUCUGGACUUAUCGUCUCGUUGAUAUUUACCUGUCAUCUGGUGAAUGUGGCUCAGAGCUCCAAGGUGUGGGGAGAAGUGCCGCUGCCCGAGGACCUGGAUUCAUCGAGGACUGUUGUCCAAAGAUCUCAGCGCUUCCUGGACGAUGACGAGGACUUCGCUGCCGAUGAAGCAUCAGGAGAUCUGCCCAGUGGAGAGGAGGAUGGAAGCACGCCAGAACCCACAGUGGUGACUGAGAUCAGCACAACGUACUACAGAGCUCUGGUGAACUUCACAGACUCCAUUGUGUACAGGCCUGACAUGGAGGACAUCUACUCACUGUCUUUCCAGGAGAUUUCGGAUGCGGUGGUGGACACGUUGGAGUCAGAGUACAACAAGAUCUCAGGCAUCCAGACUGUAAAUGUGGUCCUCAUCAAGAAGAUGCCCAGGCAGAAUGGAGUGGAUGUGUUUGUUGAGCUUGACGUGGGCUCUGACUACAACAACAACGAAAAUCAGAUCCGCAACGUGUUGUAUGGAGUGGUGAAGGAGGGAACCAUCGCCUCCUACAUCACCUCUGUCCAGGGCUUCCAGUUCAGACACCUGGGAGAAGUGGUCCCCAACCCUCUGCCCUGCAUGAAGGAUGAGCACACGUGUCAGGAUGGGGGUUGUAUCGCUCUGGAGUACCUGUGUGACAACAGACCUGAUUGCAAUGACAUGAGUGAUGAGCUGGAUUGUGAUAAGAUUCAGCCUGGACCAGUGACCCCCACCCCUCCCACCACCACCCCCAUCAAGAAGUCCACACGCCCCCUUGGCCCCCCUGACCCCCUAGGGCCCUGCAAAGUGGACCAGGCCACCUGUCAGAACGGGGAAUGUGUCCCCAGAGACUACCUGUGUGAUGGAGAGAGGGACUGCUCUGACGGCAGCGACGAGUUCAGAUGUGGCACUCCCUCACCCUGUGAACCCAAUGAGUUCAAGUGUAAGAACGGCCGCUGUGCUCUCAAGCUGUGGCGCUGUGAUGGAGACAACGACUGCGAGGACAACUCAGACGAGACCAACUGCCCCACCAGAGGUCCAGGUGACACGUGUGCCCCAGAGCAGUUUGUGUGCCUCAGUGACCGUACCUGCAUCCCAUCUAGCUACCAGUGUGAUGAGGAGCCUGACUGCCCUGACCGCUCUGAUGAGUACGGCUGCACUCCUCCCACAGUGACCAGUCCCCCGGAGGAAUCUUUUGAGGCGGAGCGGGGGGAGACGGUGACUUUCAACUGUGUGGCAGUUGGUGUUCCCACCCCCAUCAUCACCUGGAGGCUCAACUGGGGCCAUAUCCCCAUCAGUGGCAGGAUCUCAAUGACCAGUGAGAAUGGGCGUGGCAGCCUGACCAUCCGUGACGUAAAGGAGGCGGACCAGGGGGCGUACACCUGUGAGGCCAUCAACGCCAAGGGCCUUGUGUUUGGUAUCCCUGACGGGGUGCUCAGCCUCACACAGAAACCAGGAAACUGUCCCAACGGUCACUUCAGUGUGGAGGGACGUUGUAUCUCCUGCUUCUGCUUCGGCAUCACCAAGAACUGUGGGAACACUGGACGCUACCGAAACCAGAUCAAUCUGCGCUUCACUGACGAGGACGACUUCAAAGGAGUGAACGUGACUUACCCCUCUCGGCCGGGCACCCCUCCUCUCUCCUCCACUCAGCUUCUCAUCAACCCAGAGGAAGAGGAGUUCCAGCUAGUCGACCUAUCACGGCGCUUCCUCAUCCUGGAUUCAUUUUGGACGCUGCCACGCCAGUUCCUGGGAAACAAGAUUGACUCCUAUGGAGGGUCCCUGAAGUACAAGGUGCGUUACACGCUGGCCCGUGGUGAGACUGAGCCUGAGGAGAAACCAGACGUGGUCCUGACCGGGAACGGUCAGAGACUGGUCUACCGCAGGGGCAACCCCACCCCCUCCAGAGAGGUCAACCAGAAGGAGAUAAAGUUUACUGAGGACAACUGGCAGCACUCGUCGGGUCGCCAGGUGUCCCGUGAGGACCUGAUGAUGACGCUGGCCAGCCUGGAGAGCAUUAGCAUCCGCACCGUCUACGACAACCACAUGGUGAGCGUGGCGCUCAGCGACAUCGUCAUGGACACCACCACUGUGGAGUACAACGUCCAUGACAAUGCCAAAGAUGUGGAGGAGUGCAGGUGUCCCCCUGGCUACUCAGGACUGUCCUGUGAACAGUGCUCCACUGGCUUUGAGCGUGUGUCUGGAGGGAACUUCCUGGGAUCCUGUGCUGGAUGUAACUGUAACGGACACGCCAGCGCCUGCGACCCCAUCAGUGGACAAUGUCUGAGCUGCCAGCACAACACUGAAGGUCCUCAGUGUGACAAGUGCAGACCAGGCUACUUCGGUGACCCAAGGCGAGGUCGCGCCGAUGACUGCAAGCCCUGUCCCUGCCCAUACACUGAGACAUCCCGCAGGUUUUCCGACACCUGUUUCCUGGACCAUGACUCCCAGGCCACGUGCGACGCCUGCACGCCAGGCUACACCGGCCGUCGCUGUGAAAAGUGUGCAUCUGGGUACCAGGGUAACCCACUGCAGCCCAAUGGCAAAUGUUUUACAACCCCAAACUCAAAGUGUGAUAUUCGAGGAACAGUGAAUUCCAACAGCAGACCAUGCGCCUGCAAGUCCAACGUGGUGGGGUCGCAGUGUGACGAGUGUAAGAGCGGCUCCUUCCACCUGACGGAGGACAACCCAGAGGGCUGUCUGCAGUGCUUCUGUAUGGGCGUCACCAAGCAGUGUGUCAGCUCCACGUGGAGCCGAGACCAGGUCCGUGGCGGUGUGAAUGGUCAGCUCUUCUCCCUCUCCAACGGAGCCAAUACCAGAACCAUCACAGACGGCAUUGCUCAGAGAGGCUCCUCGGAGGUGGUGUAUCGUUCCUUCUCUGACAUCCCCAACGACAUCUACUACUGGGUCCUACCAGACAGCUUCAGAGGAGACAAGGUGACAGCCUACGGCGGGGAGCUGCGCUACACCGUGCGCUACGAGCCCCGGCAACGCUCCCUGGUGAUUGACAGACAGCCAGAUGUGGUUCUCCAAGGCAACGGCAUCUUCCUCGAACACUUCUCCCAGAUUAAGCCCCUCCCCCCCGCCACUGUCACUGUCACCUUCAGAGAGUCUGCAUGGAGGCGUGCUGAUGGACAGCCCUGUACACGUGAACACCUCCUCAUGGCUUUGGCUGAUACUACAGUCUUCAUGAUCAGAGCCACCUACGCUGACAACAUGGUUGAGACCAGUCUCUCAGACAUCAGGAUGGACAUUGCAGUGCCACAUUCCACAGGCAACGAACGGGCCCUGGAAGUGGAGGAGUGUGCCUGUCCCCAGGGUUACAACGGUCCAUCGUGUCAGGAGUGUGACAUGGGCUACACCCGUACAGGCUCUGGGCUCUACCUGGGUACCUGUGAGAGGUGCGACUGUAACGGCCACGCCAGCGGCUGUGACCUGGAGACAGGCUCGUGCUUGCAAUGUCUUCACAACACGGCCGGCCCAAGGUGUGAGCGCUGUUUGCCAGGUUUCUACGGCAACCCUGUGACGGACGGACCUCAGGCUUGUCAGUCCUGCCCCUGCCCUGGCACUUCCGCCAGCAACCAGUAUUCUCUGUCUUGCUACAAGGAUGUGGACGGUCAGCCUACAUGUGAUAACUGUCCCCCUGGCUUCACCGGCCGGCGCUGCGAAAGAUGUGAUGCUGGGUACACAGGCAACCCCCAGCUUGGACAAAAGUGUAUUGUUGGCAACAAUGAUCUCAAUGGUAACUGCUACGACUGUGAUCAGAGAGGAAGUGAAGGAUGCAAUGGAAAUGGUGUGUGUCGCUGCAAGAUGAACGUUGAGGGCCCUGCUUGCUCCAACUGUAAGCAGGGAACCUUCCACCUCAGCACAGACAACAAAGAUGGCUGCUUGUCCUGCUUCUGCAUGGGAGUCACUCAGCAGUGCUCCAGCUCCUCCCACUACAGAGACCAGGUGUCAUCCGUCUUUGCCCCAGGCAACUUCCAGGGCUUUGCUUUGGUCAACCGUCAGCGCACCAACCGUAUCUCCACCGGAUUAACCGUGGAGGUGUCCACUGACGGCACCCAGCUCUCCUACAGCAACUUUGACUACCUGGGCCAGGAGCCCCACUAUUGGCAGCUGCCCGGGGCUUUCCAAGGGGAUAAGGUGAACUCGUAUGGUGGGAAGCUGAAGUAUACCAUCUCCUUUGUAGCCGGCCAGAGAGGAACAGCCACUGAAGACGCUGAUGUUCAGAUUAUUGGAAAUGACAUCACCCUGGUGGCUCGCCAGCUGUGGCAGAGGGGAAAGGGGACAAGAGAGUCCCGCCAGUUUGAGCUCGUCUUCAGAGAGGAGAACUGGCGUCGCCCAGACGGCAUGCCUGCCACUAGGGAGCACCUGAUGAUGGUGCUGGCUGACCUGGAUGACAUCCUGGUGCGGGCCUCCUACUACACAGAGAUGAGGUCGUCCCGCAUCUCCGAGGUCAGCAUGGAGGUGGCCGUGCCCAACUACAGCGGCCUGGCUCAGGCUCUGGAGGUGGAGCAGUGCCGCUGCCCGCCCGCCUACCAGGGACUCUCCUGUCAGGACUGUGCCCCUGGCUACACUCGUACCGGAGGUGGCCUGUACCUGGGCCACUGUGAGCUGUGUGAGUGCAACGGGCACUCUGACUCCUGCCACCCCGAGACUGGCAUCUGCACGAUCUGUCUGCACAACACCCAGGGAGAGCUGUGUGAGCAGUGUGCCCCAGGUUUCUAUGGUGAUCCCACCGCUGGAACCCCAGAGGACUGCCAGCCCUGUGCCUGCCCUCACACCGACCCUGACAACCAGUUCUCCCCCACCUGUGAGAGCCUUGGUAACGGUGGUUAUCAGUGUACUGCUUGCCAGCCUGGAUACACUGGCCAGUACUGUGAGCGCUGUGCAACUGGAUACGUUGGAAAUCCACAAGACAGGAUUAAGUGUCGUCCAUUCAAUACAGCGGCAGCCUCCCUGGUGGUGAAAGUGUACCCUGAGAGGGUUUUGGUGGCCCAGGGCAGCCCAGUGACCCUGCGGUGCCAAGUGACCGGCCCUCCACCCCACUACUACUACUGGUCCAGGGAGGACGGACGCCCCGUGACCAACAGCGCCGUCAGACAAAGACAAGGAGAGGAGCUGCACAUCCCCAGUGUUCAGCCCAGUGACACAGGCGUGUAUGUCUGUACCUGCAGAGACCAACGCAACACCAACAGGAGCCGCGCUGAGAUCGUCGUCACAACUGUCUCAUCCAAACCCAUUCAAGUGACCAUCGAGGAGCCCAAAGCACGGAGUGUCACAGUUGGAACAACAGUCAGCUUCAUCUGCACAGCCAAGAGCCAGUCUCCAGCCUACACCCUGGUGUGGACUCGGCGGGGUAACGGCAAGCUGCCCAACAGAGCCAUGGACUUCAACGGCAUCCUGACCAUCCAGAACGUCCAGACUGAGGACGCUGGCAUCUACGUGUGUACAGGCUCCAACAUGUUUGCCAUGGACGAGGGCACUGCCAUCCUCUACGUGCCAGAGGCCUCACAGACUCAGACGUUUUACACGACCUAUGAAAUGUUGGAAGGACAUGGAAAGCCUCGCGAGGGGGCCCAGCCAGUGGCUACUGUCACUCCCUCUGUCCUGACCAUCCAGCAAGGAGGCCAUGCUGAGUUCCACUGUACUGUGACUGGCAACCCUACCCCUGCCAUCGAAUGGAUAGGUGGAGGUCCCGGUAAUAGGAUGAGCCCCAAUGCUGUGGUCCGUGGAGGGGUCCUGACCAUCCCUGCUGUGGAGAGGGAGAAUGGGGGGGAGUACGUCUGCAAGGCCCUCAACACCCACGGAGAACACACAUCACGGGCUGUCCUCCACGUCAGUGGUUCCCAAACUGUGGGUCGGGACCCACUUGUGGGUCACAGCAGGGGUCCAGCUUCAGGUGCCAGCCUACCCCACGUGCAGGUGAGCCCCCAGAGGGUGGACAUCUAUGAGGGUGAGACUCUGAGGCUGUACUGCAGGGCUGGAGGCAGGCCCAGCCCCGGACUCACCUGGAAGAAACAGGAAGGACAACUCCCCCCGCAGGCCAUUCCUUCUCACGGUUUCCAACAGUUUAAAAGCAACAGUCUCGAUGUGUUACAGAGACGUAUUGAGGAGCUGCAGGCCAGUAUGGAGCGCACAGACAUUGGCACCCUGCUAAUCCCUAACAUCAAGUCGUCUGACUCUGGCACCUACUUGUGUGUGGGCACCAACUCCAUCGGAUCCUCAGAGGCUCGCAUCGAGGUCACCGUCAAUAGAGCAAUAGGAGGAGACACCAUCUCGUCAGUCAUCACCAUCCAGCCCUCCAUAGCUGACGUCCAGGAGGGACAGAGCCUGGACCUCAACUGUUUUGUCCCUGGUAACCCCCCACCUGCUGUCACCUGGAGGAGGGAAAGUGGACGCCUGUCCGCCAAUCACCAGGUUCUGGGCACCAAGCUGCGUAUCCUCUCUGCCGGUCCCGAUGACUCUGGGAAGUAUAUCUGUCUUGUGGAGGGAGGGCCUGGUACUCCUGUCCGUCAGGCCUCAGUCUCUGUCUCAGUCACUGCCACCUCCUCUCGUCUGCAGACCCCCAUCAUCUCCAUUGAGCCCCACAGUGCAUCGUUGCGACAGGGAGAGUCAGCCAGCUUCAAGUGCAGAGUCUACGGUGGAGCAGAGCCCAUACGGCUGGAGUGGAAACUGUCCAACAAUCAGCCCCUUCCUGACAAUGUGAAGGUUGGCCAUUACGGCACUGUCAUCACCAUCGCUGACGCCCGCCCAAGCAACCAAGGCACCUACAACUGUGUGGCUACCAACCUGUUUGGAAUCACCCAGAGUAUCGUCUCUCUGAUCAUCAGAGAGUCUCCUGUAGCGACCGUCACCCCUCAGGGGCCCGUGCAAGUCAGGAUGGGUGAACCCAUUAACCUGGAGUGCCAGGCUUCCGGGGAGCCACGUCCAUCUGUCACAUGGCACAGACUGGACAGCGCCCGCAACACCAUGCUUAGCAGCCUUGUGCCCAUGGAGUCCAACGCCGUCAUGCAGGUCCUUGUGGCCCGUCCAGAGGACAGUGGUACCUACGUGUGCACAGCCCGCAACGACGAGGGCACCACAGAGACCAGGGUGGAGGUGAUCGUGGAGGGGGCUGGCCAGGUGCCCGUCACGCCCCGUGCCUCUGUGCCCGAUCCCCUCAUGGUGGUGGUGGAGGGACAGAGCACCACACUGAGAUGCGACGCUCGCGGCUUCCCUGUCCCUAAGAUCACGUGGUCUAAGCUGCGUGCCCCUCUCCCCUGGAGACAUAAGGUAGUGGACAACAUGCUGAUCCUGCCCAGUGUUGGCCGGGCAGACUCUGGAGAGUACAUCUGCAACGCCACCAACAACAUGGGCACCACCGAAGUCACCAUCAUGCUGGACGUGGAGACACCUCCCUAUGCCACCUCCCUGCCCGACGACGUGGCAGUGCGUGUGGGCGAGGUGAUACGCCUGCAGUGCCUGGCCCAUGGUACUCCCCCCCUGCUCUUCCAGUGGACCAAGCUGAACGGCAGCCUGUCCACCAGGGCCGACGUCCAAGGAGGAGACCUCCAGAUUAACCUAGCCAUACCCGAGGACGCUGGCACCUACAAGUGUGUUGCCACCAACAAAGUGGGCACCAGCGAAGCACAUGCCAAAGUCACUGUCAGGUCCCCCCUGGCAGUGCGUGUGUCUCCUCAGGUGGAGGUAAAGGCCCGGGGUAGUGCUGUAGAGUUUACCUGCUCUGCUGCAGGAGGCCUGGGGACCACCAUGGAGUGGCUGAAGGAGGGAGGAGCCCUGCCCCCCAACCAUCACAUCAAAGAUGGGGUGCUGAGGAUUGAGAACCUGGAGCAGCGCAACGAGGGCAUCUACAUCUGCAGAGCCACCAGUGUUCACGGCCAGGCCCAGGACUCUGCCAAGCUCACCAUCCAAGCCCUGCCCAAGGUGAUGAUCAACGUGCGGACCGCGGUGCAAACAGUGAUGGUGGGUAACUCCGUGGAGUUUGAGUGCCAGGCAAUCGGCGACCCCCAGCCCACGGUGCGCUGGAGCAGGGUGGGAGGGCCCCUGCCGGCACACAUCAUGGUGAAGGGAGGCAUGCUGAAGAUCGAGCAGGUGUCCGAUGCUGACGCUGGACAGUACCGCUGUACUGCCACCAACAACGUGGGCUCUGUGCAGUCUCAGGUGGUCCUACAUGUCCAGUCCCUACCCCAGAUCACAGCUCUACCAGAGCUGAACGAAGUGACAGUAGGAUCAGAUGCUGUCCUGCCCUGUGUGGCAUCAGGUUACCCGGUGCCUGCCAUCAAAUGGUCCAAGCUGGAUGGGGAACUCCCUCCUAAGUGUAGACAGGUAGUCAACACCUUGACGGUUCCCGAAGUGACCCACGAGGAUUCUGGCACAUACGUGUGCACUGCCUCCAACAAGCAGGGCAAAGUGGAGGCCUUAACCACCCUCAAAGUCCAUGAUCGAGUGAUGCCCUAUUUCACCCAGGAGCCCCUGUCCUAUCUCACUCUGCCCACCAUCAAGAACGCCUACAAGUCCUUCAGCAUCAAGAUUAGCUUCAGGCCAGACAAUCCUGAUGGUAUGAUCAUCUACAAUGGACAGAAGAGGACCAUGGGAGCAGAUUUUAUCUCUCUGGGGCUGGUGGGAGGCAGGCCUGAGUUCAGGUUUGACGUGGGUUCUGGCAUGGCCACCAUCCGCUACCCCACCCCCAUCAAACUGGGAGAGUUCCAUACCAUAGAGCUCUACCGCAACCAAACCCAGGGCUCCAUCAUAGUGGACAGGGAGGCCCCCGUCAAUGGGAGCUCACAGGGAAAGUUCCAGGGGCUGGAUCUGAACGAGGAGUUGUAUGUGGGUGGUUACCCCAAUUACACCCUCCUGGCCAAGACAGCUGGCCUCAAGACCGGCUUUGUCGGGUGCAUCCGUAAGCUGGUCAUCCAAGGUGAUGAGAUCAUCUUCAAGGAUCUGGAGCGCAGCUCCACAGGCGUGUCCAACUGUCCCGUCUGCACUGACCACCCCUGUCAGAAUGGAGGGAUGUGCCAGGACUCUAAGGCCAGUCUGUACAAGUGUAGCUGUCCCAGAGGAUACACGGGGAGUAACUGCCAGCACCACUCCUCCCUGCACUGCCACCCAGAGGCUUGUGGACCGGACGCCACCUGCAUCAACCGUCAGAACACCCUGGGCUAUGACUGUCGAUGCCACCUGGGCAAGUCUGGAAACAAGUGCAUGGACGGUGAAUUGGUGACUACUCCCCUGUUUGAUGGUUUGGAAUCGUACAUUGCGUACCCUCCUCUGACCAACAUCCACAACGAUCUGCGCAUCGAGAUGGAGUUCAAACCCAUGAAACUGGACGGCCUGAUGUUCUUCAGCAUGGGCAAGAAGAUGAAGACGGAGGACUUUGUCUCCCUGGAGAUGGUAGACGGAUACGUGCAAUUCUGCUAUGAACUGGGGACUGGCCAAGCCGUACUGCGCAGUCCUGAGCCGGUCACCCUUGGCCAGUGGCACCACGUGGAAGCCGGGCGCCUCGACAAGGAUGGCUCUCUGACGGUUGACGGUGGCCGGGAGGUCAGGAGGUCGUCGCCAGGCAAGGCCCAGGGCCUGAACAUCCACACCCCCAUGUACCUGGGAGGAGUCCCCAAUAUUGAGAUCGUACCCAAGGCCCUUAACAUCAGUGACAUCUUUAAUGGAUGCGUAGGAGAGGUGUCCAUCAAUGGUAAGAAGGUGGACCUGUCCUACAGCUUCACAGAGAGCAUGGCCAUCGUCCAGUGUAAGGGCAACAGUCCCUGUGACCGCAACCCCUGUCUGAACGGGGCGAGAUGCAUGCACAGUGCUGAGUAUGAAUACCAGUGUCUCUGCAAGGAUGGCUUCGAGGGUGAGCGCUGUGAGGUGGUGAGGGACACCUGCCAGAGCAGUGACCAGUGCCAGAAUGGAGGCAGCUGUGUGAAUGGCCACUGUGUGUGUCCCUUAGGCUUCAAUGGCCCCAUCUGUGGACAGAGCCAGGUCUCCAGCUUCGCCGAGGCCCUGUGGAAUUUGGAGGGUAGCGGGGGGAAUGAUGCCCCCAUUGAGUAUGCAGCUCAAUUCUAUGACAACGGUUACCUUGCUCUUCCCAAGACUAUCUUCCCCAGAAGUGGCCCUGACGCUCCAGAGACCAUCGAGAUGGAGCUCAAGGUCAACACUUCCUCCAAAGAGGGCCUGAUCCUGUGGCAGGGAGUGGAGCCCUUUAAUGGCGCUAGCCAUUUCCGCAAGAUGCAUGCUAGUAAAAAGGUAUCCACCUCACCAAAACACCUGGAACUUGGAGAUCAAGGCAAGGGCAAGGACUUUAUAAGUCUUGGUCUGCAAAAUGGACACUUAGUCUUCAGCUACCAGCUGGGCAGUGGAGAGUCUCAGAUACAGUCCAGAGAGCCCAUCAAUGAUGGCAGAUGGCACAAGGUCACUGCUGUGAGAACUGGUAAACAGGGAUAUAUUCAGAUAGACGGAGCAGCCAUUCAACGAGGACAAUCACAAGGCAAAAGCAUCAUGGUGAACACCAAAGGCAACGUAUACCUGGGGGGAGCCCCAGAUAUAUCUGCGAUGACGGGAGGGAAGUUCUCCUCGGGGCUCACAGGCUGUGUGAGGAACCUGUCUCUGAUGAACGCCAGACCCAUCGAGCUGCAGGCCGCCGCAGAGAAUGGCAUCAACGUUGGGCGUUGCUCCUCAUAGAGCUAUAGCAGCCCCCACCCACACACACACACACACACCCAGAGACUAUGGAGACAAGAUACAAUCAGACUCACAGAGAGAUUUACCCACAUACAUACAGUCAGUUUGAAAAAAACAUGGUGCUUUGCUGCUACCGAAAACAAAGCUUCACAACAAAAUUAUAUUUUGCUCUCUGUGCAUUGAACCAAAAAAAAGUGAACAAAUACUAACAAGUCUUCACUUCCUUAGUGUUGUAUUCUCAAUGAAGGACACAGGAGAUCCAGUACAGUUUUCAUACUCCCAGCAGUAGCUUUUAGUCAUGAGAAAGAGUAAAAUGCCAUAGGCCUUCUACAAGGGAUCAGAUCCUAUGGAGUUGGAGAUGUUUUUACAGCACUGAAUUUUUAUUUAUAUACAUAUAAAUAUAUAUUAUAUAUUUGUGGGGGCAACAUGCGAACUAACCAUAACUGCUCUUUGUCCUAGAGUUGAUUUUGGGUUCUAAUACUGUGUGUCCAGGGCUUUUUUAUAGGGCCUAGUUGUGUUAAUACUUGCAGACAUUAAAGCCUUCUUUCUUCACUUCUGUAGGGGAAAUUUAGCGGUGAGCAUGCUUACAGACUUGUUACACUAUUGGGAAAGGGGUCACGGAGGUCACGGCACAAAGCAGCAUCAAGACACAUCUCAGGGAAGACAGGGUUUAAAAACAGACAGUACUGGUGCUUUUCUAUUCUGCCAAAUAGUUUCUGAUCUGUUUCUGAAAUCACUUGCCUUCCCACACCUAGCAUGGGUGCCUUUUUUUGUGUCUGUAAAACUUUCAUUUUAUUUUUUACUUGGUGCUAUUAAUUUAGACAUGGAAAUACAGCCCACUAGUGGUUAUUUGUCUGUCUCCUUAUAAUAAUGUAGUACAUGUGUUUCUACAUUUGAAAGAAUAUCAGUGGAAAACACAUGCUACACGUGCCUAUUUUCUUUCACCUCUCCUGAGGUUGGGGAGGUUGUGUUGUUCUCCAGAUAUGCAUGAGAUCUGAGGUUUAUUUUAGUAUUAGCUGAAAUCUUCAUCGUUUAAGUGUCUCCUCCAACGUCCUAUUUGAUUGAGUAGAUCUCAAAAGACGUCAAGGUGUUUUAAAGAAUGAAUGGCGAUUUGUAUUUUGACGUUUUUUUUAAUUAUGAGUGGUUCUGAGAAUUCUAAGACAUUUUGUCAUUUUACUUCUGCAGUCAGUCAUGUGGCAACUAUCUGCCAGUCAGGUAAAAUAUCAGUUUAGUCUGGCUGUGUGUGAGUGGCUACAUGUGUACUUAAAAGUUCAGUAUGUGUUGCCCCUCAACCCCACCCUCUCUUUAAACCCCUAUAAGAUGUUUGUGUAUGAACUGUAUAUCUGUACUGAAAGCGUGUGUGAACUGUGUACUGUUACUGUAUGUGUGUGUACUAAAUGUGAGUCUCGCCAUCUAAAUCCUCAGGAGGGUCACCGCAGAACUGCCUCAAGAUGUUCCUCAGUCAGUUUCAGGUUCAGUAGCAACUAGCCUUAGUUACGGUCUUAUAGAACUAACAAGUCUGAUAUUGAACUCUUAACAGCUGCAUCAUUUUGUUAGCUGUUGUACCUAACACUGUAUGGAAGCACAUUCAUGCCAAAAUCAUUUUUAUUGGGGUAGACAUAUUGGAGGGAGACUAACAGACACACAGCAGUCAGAGUAGAUUACUUUAGGAGAAAGCAGUUGAAACCUCCCUGGUGGGGUGCUCACUAGCUGUGACCUAUGUAGCUCCAAUGAGCAUGCUCGCCCACACUGGUUUACCUCAUGACAAAUAUGGCAUCAAAAUUCACAUCACGAGGUUCACAAACGUUUCACUUUUUGUAAUCUUAAGAUUAUGUUGAUUAAUAUUCUGAAAAUGAGCACCAUCAGUUAACUUAAAGUUGCUUCAUUUUUAUUUAUAUUUGUUUCUUUCUUUUAAAAUGUUUUAUCUUCAUUUCAGGCUUGAUUCUGCUGUUGUAGAGCAAUCAGAAAAGCUUGGCAUAAUUUUCUUGGGUUAUUGUGUAUUGCCUCCCCACAUCCCCCUGUUCCCUUCAUGUUUGGUUUUAAUACCUUUCCUCCAUGAGUGUCUUGCCCCACUGGCGUUCCCACCAUGACCCCUCAGUCCAUACAGUCUCAGUGGAGUGUCUGUGCAACAACUGUGGUAACCAACAGUAACAUCAGCCUGAGAAGGGGUUGUCAACUGGUUUGUUCUAGAGCUAAAUGGAUGUGUACUUUGUGUAUCUCUACAUCUACAGUUGAAGUCGGAAGUUUACAUACACUUAGGUUGGAGUCAUUAAAACUAGUUUUUCAACCAAUCCGCAAAUUUCUUGUUAACUAACUAUAGUUUUGCCAAGUCGGUUAGGACAUCUACUUUGUGCGUGACACAAUACAUUUUUCCAACAAUUGUUUACAGAUAGAUUAUUUCACUUAUAAUUCACUGUAUCACAAUUCCAGUGGGUCAGAAGUUUACAUACACUGAGUUGACUGUGCCUUUAAACAGCUUGGAAAAUUCCAGAAAAUGAUGUAAUGGCUUUAGAAGCUUCUGAGAAAUUAUGUGAAUUAGCCUGAGUCAAUUGGAGGUGUACCUGUAGCUGUAUUUCAAGGCCUACCUUCAAACUCAGUGCCUCUUUGCUUGACAUCAUGGGGAAAUCAGCCAAGACAAAAAAAAUGUAGACCUCCACAAGUCUGGUUCAUCCUUGGGAGCAAUUUCCAAACGCCUGAAUGUACCACGUUCAUCUGUACAAACAAUAGUAUGCAAGUAUAAACGCCAUGGGACCACGCAGCCGUCAUACCGCUCAGGAAGAAGAUGCGUUCUGUCUCCUAGAGAUGAACGUACUUUGCUGUGAAAAGUGCAAAUCAACCUUGUGAGGAUGCUGGAGGAAGCGGUUACAAAAAUAUCUAUCCACAGUAAAACGAGUCCUAUAUCGACAUAACCUGAAAGGCCGCUCAGCAAGGAAGAAGCCACUGCUCCAAAACCGCCAUAAAAAAGCCAGACUACGGUCUGCAACUGCACAUGGGGACAAAGAUUGCACUUUUUGGAGAAAUGUUCUCUGAUGAAACAAAAAUAGAACUUUUUGGCCAUAAUGACCAUUUUUGUGUUUGGAGGAAAAAGGGGGAAGCUUGCAAGCCGAAGAACAGCAUCCCAACCGUGAAGCACGGGGGUGGUAGCAUCAUGUUGUGGGGGUGCUUUGCACUUCACAAAAUAGAUGGCAUCAUGAAGAAAAUUUAUGUGGAUAUAUUGAAGCAACAUCUCAAGACAUCAGUCAGGAAGUUUAAGCUUGGUCGCAAAUGAGUCUUCCAAAUGGACAAUGACCCCAUGCAUACUUCCAAAGUUGUGGCAAAACAGCUUAAGGACAACAAAGUCAAGGUAUUGGAGUGGCCGUUACAAAGCCCUGACCUCAAUCAUAUAGAAAAUUUGUGGGCAGAACUGAAAAAGCGUGUGCGAGCAAGGAGGCCUUCAAACCUGACUCAGUUACACGAGCUCUGUCAGGAGGAAUGGGCCAAAAUUCACCCAAUUUAUUGUGGGAAGCUUGUCGAAGGCUACCCGAAACAUUUGAAGGCUACCCUAAAACAAUUUAAAGGCAAUGCUACCAAAUACUAAUUGAGUGUAUGUACAGUGUAUGUAUUCUACCCACUGGGAAUGUGAUGAAAGAAAUAAAAGCUGAAAUGAAUCAUUCUCUAGUAUUAUUCUGACAUUUCACAUUCUUAAAAUAAAGUGGUGAUCCUAACUGACUUAAGACAGGGACAUUUUACUAGGAUUAAAUGUCAGGAAUUGUGAAAAACUGAGUUUAAAUGUAUUUGGCUAAGGUGUAUGUAAACUUCUGACUUUAACUGUAUAUACAGUAUGGCUCUGGAAUGGGCUAUCAGAUUAGAUUACAAAAUUGAGGAUCAGGCUCAGCUAGUGUAUGUUACACUCUUUGAAUGAGGUACCAUUACUCAUUGGGACUGUUAGUGUGUUAAUAGCCGGAGUUGUGGCCAAAACACAGAAUAAACACACAGAUGAGAAACUGUCAUACAAAUCACAAAUCAUGAAUACAUUGAAAGCCCUAUAUGUGUGGUCUUAAUCAUAAAAUAUACCUGGGUAUGAAUGAUGUACUGAUUAUUUAUGAAGUAAAUAUGGGAGCUUUCAUCAUUGAAGAUAUUAUUUAACCUUUUUUGAAAUGGUUAACAUUGUCUGUUUCAUUUUUAGAUUAAAGGCAAAUGUUGAAGAAGAGUGUCACAACAUUCUAGUGAAUGGAAGUGUACUACACAAUGUUAUUGUCCAUUGGGUGAUAAUGCUCGUGUUUCUGACUGUACCAUUUCCAGUGUUGGAAGGAAGGACUCUCCCCCUUCCCAAGUGUUUCUUUAUUAAAACAACAUUCAUGUGCUAUUUAUAAUCUUGUGAGUUGUAUUCUUUUGCCAGUCAUAUAAUUGUUUUACCUAGUUGUGUUCUUUUGCCAGUCGUUUUUUUUAAGUAGUUGUAUUUUCUUCUCAGUCAUAUUAUUGUUGUUAUAUACUUAUUUUGAAGCUGUAGACAGUUGCAGCCAUACAGUAUUUGCGGUUGUUUAUUUCCCAUAUAUUUCUCUUUAAUAAUUCACUUAUAGUUAUAUCGUGUGCUCCAGUCCUAGGACAUUCUGGAAAUUAUACGAUCGUUACCCUUAGAUCCAGGCUGUAUCACAUCUGGCUGUGAUUGGGAGUCCCAUAGGGUGGCACACAAUUGGCCCAGCGUCGUCCGGUUUUGGCCGGAAUAGGCCGUCAUUGUAAAUAAGAAUUUGUUCUUAACUGACUUGCCUGGUUAAAUAAAAAAUGUAUAAACAAUUAAA